AUGACGCUCACAAGUACGUCCCAAGCGCAAGGAACGGGCGCUUGCCAACUUCUCGACGCACCCACUUCCGCCCAUCGCACUCCCUUACGCCCAUCGCCCUCCCUCCCGCCGUCGCCCUACCUUAUGCUCGUCGCCCUCCAUAGGGCUCGUCGCCCUCCCUUCCGCCCGUCGCACUCCCUAGCGCUCGUCGCAUCCCCUUCCGCCCGUCGCUCUCACUUCCGCCCGUCGCUCUCCCUUCCGCCCGUCGCUCUCCCUUCCAAACGCCGCUCUCCCUUCCGCACGCCGCUCUCCCUUCCGCCCGUAACCUUUCCCUCUCUCCCCGGCAUCUGCCCCCGUACCCCCCAUCCCAUUCCCUGCUUCCCCUCAUCCCCUUCCCUGCUCCCCCCCAUCUCAUUCCCUGCUUCCGCCCAUCCCGUUCCCUGCUUCCCCCCAUCCCCUUUCCUGCUUCUUCCAAUCCCCUUCCCUACUUCCCCCCAUACCAUUCCCUGCUUCCGCCCAUCCCGUUCCCUGCUCCCCUCCAUCCCGUUCCCUGCUUCCCCCCAUCCCCUUCCCUGCUUCCCCCAAUCCCCUUCCCUGCUUCCCCCCAUCCAGUUCCCUGCUUCCCCCCAUCCCAUUCCCGUCUUCCCCCCAUCCCGUUCCCAGCUUCCCCCUAUCCCGUUCCCUGCUUCCCCUCAUCCCCUUCCCUGCUUCCCCCAAUCUCCUUCCCUGCUUCCCCCCAUCCCCUUCCCUGCUUCCCCCAAUCCCCUUCCCUGCUUCCCCCCAUCCAGUUCCCUGCUUCCCCCCAUCCCAUUCCCGUCUUCCCCCCAUCCCGUUCCCAGCUUCCCCCUAUCCCGUUCCCUGCUUCCCCUCAUCCCCUUCCCUGCUCCCCCCCAUCCCCUUCCCUGCUUCCCCCCAUCCCGUUCCCUGCUUCCCCCCACCCCAUUCCCUGCUUCCCCCCAUUCCGUUCCCACCAUCAGAGAGGUGAGCGCCACACACCAGGUGAGGCUUCACUUUCUCCAUAUGCCCCUCCUUUCCCUCGAUCUCACCCUCUUCCUCCUCCUUCCCAUGUCCCUUCCCAUGUACCCCUCCCCAUCGUCCCUUCCCUACUUCCCCCCAUCCCCUUCCCUACUUCCCCUCAUCCCCUUCCCUGCUUCCCCCCAUCCCCUUCCCAGCUUCCCCCAAUCCCCUUCCCUGCUUCCCCCCCUCCGUUCCCUGCUUCCCCCCAUCCCUGUCCCUGCUUCCCCUCAUCCCCUUCCCUGCUCCCCCCUUUCUCCCUGUCCCCUUCUCCCUGUUUCAUGUCUCCGUGUGAGCCGUUUCACUGAACAUGCUUUCCCCCACCCUCUGCACUGCUUCCUCCCUACCCCUGCCCUGCUUCCCAUCAUCCUCUGCCCUCCCUUCUCCUAA